AUGACCUUUACGAUUGCACGAUUUGUCUCCCUGGGGCUUUCUGCUGGAGCGAGCAAGGCUUCCUUGCGAUUCUUUGCUCCCGCGAGCCCAAGAUGUAUCAACAUUUCUUCUCUGUCGCAACCAGUUAGGACCUCUCCCCACCGAUCGUAUACUACUACUGUUAGUACCGCCAAGUCCUUCAGAUCUGCAGCCGCAGUUGCUGUGAUCGUCGGUGGAGCCUCACUCCUAGCCCUGGCACGCUUUCGAGAUACUUCUUCUCCAAACCCGACAGCGGAAACCGUCGUCGACGUUGUUCCAACUACUCCUCAGACUGGUUCUGAGCCAAUCCGCAAUUUUGACAAGGCCCUCGAAGACUUGCAGGCGGAAUUUCCAGAUUCUUCUGUUGUUUCUACCGAUCCCGGUGAACUAUAUGCUUACGCACAGUCGGCGUACUCCCAAUUUGUUGGAUCACCGCAUACCAUUGUUGUACACGUCCGAAGCACCGAAGAUGUUGUAAAGGUUGUAAAAAUAUCCAAAAGGUAUCUAGUUCCAAUUGUACCAUACUCGGGAGGGACUAGCCUGGAAGGGAGCUUGUCUGCUCCAUCAUCUGGAUCAAUAUGUGUGGAUCUCUCCGGUCUUGAUAAGAUCAUAGCAAUCAAUGAAUCAGAUGCAGAUGUAGUUUGCCAAGCUGGGGUCACCUGGAAUGAUUUGAAUGAAACGCUGAAGGAAAAGGGAAUCCCGUUGUUUUUCCCGCUUGAUCCCGGUCGCGACGCCACAAUAGGUGGCAUGAUCUCAACUGGGUGCUCUGGAACCAAUGCAGUUAAGUAUGGAACGGCAAGAGGCGAAUGGAUUCUUAACGCCACGGUGGUGCUUCCGUCGGGCGAAGUAAUCAAGACACGACAGCGCGCUCGCAAGUCAUCAGCGGGAUUUGAUGUCACCAAAUUGUUUAUAGGCGCAGAAGGCACACUCGGAAUUAUCACGGAAGCUACACUGCGUCUAGCGCCCGUUCUGCCGAGCACUGUUGCCGUUGCGCAAUUUCCUGAUAUUCGGCAUGCAACCAAUGCAGUGUGUGAGAUCUUGAACCAUGGCGCAGCACUGCAAUGUGUCGAGAUCAUCGAUGAACUUACAAUCAAGGUUCUAAACCAAUACGGAACGUCGGCGAGAAACUGGCCAGAGAAAGCUACUUUGUUCUUCAAGUUCCAAGGCUCGGAUGAUGCGAUCCAGGAAACGUCACGCUAUGUAGAGAGUGCGAUUGCGAGACAUGGUGCGACUGACUACCAACUUGCUGCGAACGAGCAGGAAAGCGAGGACAUCUGGCAGGACCGGAGAAAUGCGCUUUUCGCGUGCCUUGCAUACCGUCCAGGAUGUAAAGGGUGGAUUACCGACGUAUGUGUCCCAGUGUCGCGCCUACCCGAUCUUAUUACUGCUGCGAAGAAAGACUUCGAGGAACUCGGUCUAAUUGCGCCGAUCGCUGGUCAUGUUGGCGAUGGUAACUUCCAUGCUCUCGUUCUCUACGCGGACGAGGCAGAGCUUGCCCUUGUACGAGAAGCGGUCAGCAGGAUCAACCACAAAGCCAUCGAACUCGAAGGGACAUGUACUGGGGAACACGGUGUAGGUAUGGGUAAACGCGACUACCUCUUGACUGAGCUUGGGGAGGGCACAGUGGCCCUCAUGAGAACGAUCAAACAGACUCUAGAUCCUCACAACUUGUUUAAUCCAGGAAAGGUAAGCAGUUCCUCUGCGAACCAGGCACUUGAUACGAUUGUAUUUUUACAGCUGUAUCCUGAUGUUUCGCCACCAUCCGACACAAAUGCGUUGACAGAAGGUCACGCUAUUUCGGACUCGAAGCCGACCAGCAAAUCGUUAGUCUCAGAGCCAGGUGCUUGA